AUGCAACUAUCAAGGACAGUAGGGUACUUCUGUGCAAGCAUCUUCUUAUUUAGUGCCAUAAUAGGGGCAGGAAUAUUUGUAUCUCCUAAGGGGGUAUUAAGAUACUCCUCACUGAACAUUCCUGUCUCCCUGAGUAUUUGGGUUCUUUGUAGCAUACUGAGUGUGAUCAAUGGUCUCUGUGUUGCAGAACUGGGGACCACUUUCCCUAGAACUGUCACUUAUUUUUUCCUCAAAAGAUCUCUUGGAUCUUGUGUUGCUUUCCUGAAUCUUUGGAUGGAAAUUUUUGGUCUUUUAGUAGGACUAGCUGCUCAAAGCUUGUUCAUAGCGAGCUAUCUAAUCCAGCCUUUCUAUGCUCUAUGCCCACCUCCAGAGCUGCCAAAGAAAUGCCUAGCUUUUGCCAUUUUGUGGUCACUGGGACUUCUGAAUAUUCAAGGGUUGACAACAGUGUCCUGGUUUCAAACUGUCAGCACUUUAGUGAAGAUGGCUAUUCUCUCUUUCAUUUCCCUAACUGGGAUUGUGCUUUGAGUGACUGGGAAAAAGGUGUUCAAGUUUGAGAAUGCUUUGAAUGCUGAACUUCCCAGUGCUUCACAUAUUGCAGAAGCCAUUCUCCACGGAUUCUAUGCCUAUGGGGAAUCCUCAUUCCUGGUCAACAUAGCAGGAGAGGUAAAAAACCCUGGUCAGACAAUUCCCAGAACUUUGAUUUCUGCUUUGUUCAUUGUGACUGUGGUAUACUUAUUGACUAAUAUAUCCUUCCUGACAGUUUUGACACCAAAGGAAAUCAUCUUUUCAGAUUCUGUUGCUGUCACAUGGAUGGACAGAGUAUUCCCCUCAAUGCAAUGGGUCAUUUCACGGGGGAUUUCAAUUUCAAUGGUUGACAAAAUUUCUUGUGGAAUACUUAAAGGAUCAAGGAUGCUCUAUGCUGCUAGCCAAGAAGGACAAUUGCCUCUGAUCCACUCUAUGCUUAAUGAAAAACUAUCUCCAGCUGUAGCUGUGAUCCAGUUAAUCAUUUUCUCUUCUAUUGUUGUUAUACCAUCAAACUUAACCAACUUAAUAAAAUAUCUGGGAUUAGUAUCUUGGGUUUUAAAUGGGCUAAAUAUGAUUGGCUUACUUAAACUGAGGUACCAGAAUCCAGAUCUAUGGAGACCUUAUAAGGUGUGGCUGCCAUUGAUAUUUGCAUCUUUAGCUUCAUCUGUAUUUCUAAUUUUGAUGCCAAUCAUUCAGUCUCCAAAAAUGGAGCAUGCUUAUCAAGUUAUCUUUGUUUUAAGUGGACUUCUGUAUUACCAAUUUCAUGUUCACCUUAAGCAACAUUCUGUAUGUUCUGAGACAAUCACUUGUUAUUUACAAUUAUUAUUUAAUGUAUCACCAUCAGAUGAUCAUGAAACUUGUAUUUCCACAAACAAAAACUGA